UAUCUCUAUAUUUUCACCGCAACCGGAAUUCCAGAUUCUCUUUGCUCUUUCGUCAUUCCGCCUCUCGCUCUAAUAACAUCACUUGCAACAGGAUGGCUGGUGGUCCUGGUGGUCCUGGUGGGCUCGGUGACGAGCGCGUCAGCCGGGCGGAGGAGGAGCGUCGACACCGACAAGGGCAGCUCGAGCCCGAGGCCCAUCGACGACGUCGACGACUUUGUUCCGUACCAGGGCAAGAGGUACGACCACUUCGACUGGAGGCUCUUCCAGAGUUUGGCCAAACGCAGCAGCGGGAGCUUACUGGUUUCGCCGAUUUCCCUGAAAUUCGCGCUGGUCCUGCUGUACGAGGGCGCGGACAAUAACACAGCCCGGGAGCUCGCCACCGCCAUGAACAUCACCGACGACAAGCUAAAGACGCGCGACAGGUUCGCCAAUGUGCUCAAGUCCAUGAAGGAGAAAAGACCCGAGUUUUCUCUGAACUUUGGGAGCCGCUUCUACGUGGACCACAGCGUCACGCUGAGGCAGCGCUACGUGGCGACGGCCGAGACGUUUUACAAGGCCCAAGUGCUCAACGCCAACUUCUCGAACUCGCCAGCCACGGCCGAAAAAAUCAACUCUUUCGUGAACAACGUCACCGAAGGACACAUCCCGCGGCUCAUUACCAAUGACGAAACGCUGCGGGACAGUCUGAUGGUGAUCGUGAACGCGCUGUACUUCAAGGGACAAUGGUACCGGCAGCCGUUCGACGCCAGCCACACCAGGAGCGCCGAGUUCCACACGGCCACCGGCCAGAGCGUGCAGGUACCCUACAUGAUGUCGACCAAGAAAUUGUACCUGGGAUUCAUCAAGGACCUGGACUCGAAGAUCCUUCGGCUGCCCUACGCGGGCCACAAGUACUCGAUGUUCGUCAUUCUGCCCCAACAACCUGGCAAUUUGAGCGACCUGGUGGGCAAAAUCCAGCCGGACAAGAUGAGCGAGUACGAGUGGCUCAUGCAAGAGAUACCGGUCGACGUGCGACUUCCGAAAUUCAAGUUCGACUUUACCAGCCACAUGGAGGACGCUCUCCGCGAGCUGGGCAUCAAUGAAAUCUUCGACGAAACGGCCACGCUGACCGGUAUAUUGCGCUCCAAGUCGACGUCCAGGCCCCUGGUUGUCAACGACAUCCUGCAAAAGUCCGGGAUCGAGGUUAACGAGCAGGGCUCGACGGCUUACACCGCCACGGAAAUCGAAAUCGGCACCAAGAUGAACGACGAGACCUUCCACGCGACCCAUCCGUUUGUCUUUUACAUCAAGGACGAGAGCACGGGCACGAUUUUAUACAUGGGCACAUACAUGGGUGUGGAUAAUUCGUCGGAGAAAACCGGAAUGGCCAAAGUGUCGACCGAGCCAACGCCAAUGGCCCCCAUGAAUUUGAAAAUCCCAGCCGCUCCUACAUCUGCAGCAGUAGGUACCGGCCGAAUCGAGCGCACCAAUUACUUCAACAUCGAGCUGUUGCAACAAGUGAACGAAGCCCAGCCCGGUAACGUGGUGAUCGGCACGAGCACCGUCAAAGCGGCGCUGGUAGUCCUCGCCGAGGCAGCCACCGGCAAGACGCAGCAGGAAAUCUUGUCCAGUCUGCGAAUCACCGAUUUUUCGGACACAGCGAAAAAGGCAUCCAAUCUAACUGCCACCAACUACAAGGACCCAACCGGUGACACGGAGCUGCAGACGGCGAUAAAACUGUGGACGGGAAAGAACGUGGACGUACGUCAAAAUUACAGCAACGCGGUGCACAGUUUUUACGGUGGAGAGAUCGAGAAGGUGGACUUUUCAAACUCCACGGCAACGGUCAAGGCCGUUAACGAGUGGAUUACAAAGUACACCCACGGACGCAUAACUUCCCUGACGGACCCAAGCUCCAUAACCGACUCGACGAAUCUGCUGCUGACGACGUCGGCUUACUUCAAGGGCAAGUGGGAGCACGCCUUCGACAAGGCCGACACGCGAAAGAGAUGCUUCAACGUGCCAGACUUGGGCUGUAAGGACGUCGCGAUGAUGGAGAUCGUUGCCGAUUACAAGUACGCCGUGGUUCCCUCCCUCGUGUCCGAAGCCGUGUUCAUCCCCUACACGGGGGGCCGAAUGGGCAUGCUGAUGCUGCUGCCCCUGAAAACGGGAAUGCAAGCGCUGGCCGAUCUGUCGCGCGACAUGGCCUUCACUCCGGUAUCGUCCGUCCUGGCGGCCAUGCAGGACACCGAGCUCCUGUUGCAGAUACCGCGAUUCAGCAUCGGCACGAAACUCAACAUGCAGGGCAAGCUGUCGGAGCUGAACAUCAAAAGUCUGUUUGGCGAUGAUGCCGAUCUUUCGGCGGCGUUCCUCGGCAAAGGUGUAAAGGUCGGGGCGUUCAUGCACAACGCGCACAUAGAAAUCAACGAGGAGGGCACCAUCGCCGCGGCCGUUUCAGAGGCCGUGGUGAUACCGCUCAUGGGGUCGACGACGACGAGGUUCCGCGCCGAUAGGCCGUUCCUGUUUUUCCUGCUGGAUCUGGAAAAGAACGAUAUUUUGUUUGCCGGCCGGUACCACCAGCCCGAUGACACGGCCAAGCUCAACUGACUCACCGCCAUCGCCCAUGAUGUUUUUCUCAAGUGUUCCUACAUUACUACAUGAAUUUGGAUGUGUAAAAAUAAUAAAAACUUUAUUCAUAAGUCAA